AUGGCCUGCCUUGCCACCAGCUUCUGCGGAUUCCCCAGCUGCUCCACUGGUGGGACCUGUGGCUCCAGCUGUGGCCAGCCCAGCUGCUGUGGAAGUAGCUUUGGCAUUGGAGGUGGCAUUGGCUGUGGCCAGGAGGUUGGCUCUGGAGCUAUGUUCUGCCGCACCCGCUGGUGUCGCCCUGACUGCCGCGUGGAGGGCACCUUCCUGCCCCCUUGCUGUGUGGUGAGCUGCACGCCUCCAACCUGCUGCCAGCUGCACCAUGCCCAGGCCUCCUGCUGCCGCCCCUCCUACUGUGGCCAGUCCUGCUGCCGCCCAGCCUGUUGUUGCCACUGCUGUGAGCCCACCUGUUAAGAGCCAAGUUGCUGAUUU